CGGAUACUAGGUCAGGCUUUGUUUGUGGAUGAGCUCCAUCACCUCCUCCCAGAAAUGUGGACGGAUAUAAGGAAACUACUGCUCUUUCAUUUGUUAGCCCUGAAACUUCAUUCCUCAAAAGGAGCAGUGGCAGAAGAGUGUGAGGAUGGUCAGUUUCAGUGCAAUAACAAAAGGUGUAUACCGACCAUAUGGAGGUGCGACGAUGAUGACGACUGCUCAGACAACAGCGACGAGGAAAACUGUGCCAGGAAGACGUGUGCCCCGGCAGAGUUUGCCUGUGCAAACGGCCAGUGUGUACCAGGCCGCUGGCGCUGUGACGGGGAACCAGAGUGUCCCGACGGCUCAGAUGAGGCAGACGCCACCUGUAGCAAACAGACGUGCCCUCCGGAGAAGUUUGACUGCGGCGGCUCUACCAACAAGUGUGUCUCAGUGUCGUGGCGAUGCGACGGCGAGCGGGACUGUGAGAACGGGUCAGACGAGGAGGACUGUGCCGCCGACGCCAAGUCCUGCCCGAAAAGCGAAUUCCAGUGCGCCAACCGCAAGUGCCUGGCACCUGUCUACGUGUGCGACGGCGAUGACGACUGCGACGACGGCUCUGACGAACUAAAAUGCUCCUCCCGCCACUCGCCAACGACCACCUGUGGUCCGCACGAGUUCCGCUGCAACACCUCAGAGUGCGUGCCUGUCAUGUGGAGCUGUGACGGCGACCCAGACUGCCCAGACGGCUCUGACGAGUGGCCGGAGCGUUGUGGGAGUGAAGGGUCGCAAUCGCGACGCAGGAUGAACUGUACGAUGGAGGAGUUUCGGUGCGCCAACGGGGAGUGUGUGAGGCUGGCGUGGAAAUGUGACGGGGAUCCGGACUGCAAGGAUAAAUCAGACGAGGCGGAUUGUCCUCUGCUGACGUGCCGCCCAGAUGAAUUCCAGUGUGGGGAUGGCUCCUGUAUCCAUGGCACCAAGCAGUGUAACAAGGUCCAUGACUGUCCUGACCAGAGUGACGAGUCAGGCUGUGUCAACGCCACGAAGUGUGAGGGGCCCCUGAAGUUCCUGUGUAGGAACGGAGAGUGUAUCGACAGCGCUAAGGUGUGUGACAACGUCAAGGACUGCAAGGACCGCUCCGAUGAGCCCAAGAAGGAGUGUGGACUCAACGAGUGCACUCUCAACAAUGGCGGCUGCUCUCACAUCUGCCUGGAUCGACCAAUCGGCUACGAGUGCCAUUGUCCCACCGGGUACCAGCUACUGGACAAGAGGACAUGUGGAGACAUUGAUGAGUGCGAGAGCCCCAACGCCUGCAGCCAGAUCUGCAUCAACUACAAGGGAGACUUCAAGUGUGAAUGCUACCAAGGCUAUGAGAUGGACCCCGUCACCAAGACCUGCAAGGCAGAGGGGAAGUCUCCCUACCUGAUGUUCACCAACCGCCAUGAGAUCCGUCGGGUGGACCCAGUGAAGAAGGAUUACAGCCAGGUGCUGGCAACCCAGAAAAACGCUGUGGCGCUUGACAUAGACGUGGCCAACAACCGCCUGUUCUGGUGCGACCGCUUCCACCGCAACAUCUACAGUGCUCUGAUCCCGGAGGCCAGUGUCCCGUCCCAGCAGGUGACUCUGGUGGACUCUGGCUCUCUCCUCUCCCCCGAGGGCCUGGCCCUAGACUGGGUCCAGCACAACCUCUACUGGACCGACUCGGGCCACAAGACCGUCUCGGUGGCCUCGGCCUACGACGGCCUCAAGAGGAGGGUGCUGGUGGACACGGAACUCAGCGAGCCCAGAGCCAUAGCCCUGGACCCCCAGCACGGGUUCAUGUACUGGUCUGACUGGGGCACCCGGGCCAAGAUUGAGAAGGCUGGGAUGAAUGGGGUGGACCGACAGGUCUUGGUGUCCGACAACAUCGAGUGGCCCAACGGCAUCACCCUAGAUGUAGCCAACAGACGUCUGUACUGGGUGGACUCCAAGCUGCACCUCAUCUCCAGCGUGGACCUGAACGGGGCUCACCGCCGGACACACCUGUCCUCUUCAGAGAGACUGGGACACCCCUACGCACUGGCCGUGUUUGAGGACCGUAUCUACUGGACAGACAGGGAGAGGGAGGCGGUGUACAGCGCUAACAGGCUAACCGGCCAAGAUGUCAGCACACUGGCCGAGCACCUCAACGACCCCCACGACAUAGUGGUCUUCCACCCACUCCGACAGCCCCAAGGCCCAGACAGCUGUAACUUGGGCAGUGAGGCCAACGGUGGCUGUGAGUACCUGUGUCUCAAAGCCCCCCAGAUCACAGAGCACUCUCCCAAGUACACCUGCGCCUGCCCCACAGGACAGGACCUGGGGCCCGACAUGCGGGGCUGUGUGCAAGCAAAUGAGACUAUUACCACACCGUCGCCAUUCCCCACCGGCUCGGUAGCCAUCAUCACGGCAAGUAUCGAGGAGGACAAAGAGGACUCCCAUUCCACUUCUGGGUUGUCUCAGGCAGAUGCCGGGGUCCACCACCUCACCCCUGCCCCCUCCAGCACCCCAGAACUCCUCCUCAUCGCCAAACCUGGGGCAGAGGUGAAGGAGAAAGAUGGCCGGCGUUUGGAUCACACCACCUCCACCACAGUAGGCUCUGGGGACACGAAUGUCAUCAAGGAGGACAGCAACCUCUCUCACCACUCUGGAAGUGAGCAUUUUCUCCUGGGGGAGAACCUGACAGUGGCAGUUCUGGGAGUAGUCAUCCCUAUAGUUCCUAUUGUUGCCACAGUGGUCUUCGGUCUGCUCUGCACUGGCGUCUACCUGGUUUGGCGGAACUAUCGUGUAAACUCUACCAAGAGUAUGAACUUUGACAACCCCGUUUACCGCAAGACCACAGGCGAGGGCGAAGAGGACGAGAUUCACAUCGGACGGACGGACAGUGGCAUGAGCGGCCAGCACGGGCAUCACCCGUACCCAGUUGGAGUGGGGUGUGGCGUAGUCGGCGGGGGCGGAAAUACAUGCCCUCAGUUUAUCGCCCUACCAUUGGGUGGCAGUAUGCCCGACCCGGGGACUCACUGGUACACGGAGCAGCCUAUGCUGUCCACUACGGCUAAGUGAGGUGGGAAAAGUGGGAGGAUGGAGACUAGACUAAAUGGCUGCUCAGGGGGUUCAUUUUCAAGAUGGCCGCUGCUCAGACGCACACACACACACACAGUACCAAGGUCAGGGUUCACUCACUGAGUCUGUUCAAGGGAUGGACAUAUGAUGUUCUCGUCACAUCCAGCCAUUCGGGACCAUGCUGUGCCAAUUCAUCACACAAAAUUGACAGUUUGACACUUUCUAAGGUUUAUUUAUGUUAUGUCAGAGUUGGGGUUGGUUCGUUUUGAAUUCCUGUCAAUUCAGUUCUUGAAUUCUCUUUGAAUCAAUUGAAUUUAGAUCACUGGACUUGAGUUGCAACUGAGUCGACACCAAUUCUGGAUGUUUUUCAUCCACUUUUGAUCAAUUUCAGCAGUAUUGAGCUGUGCUAUCUGUCUCACGUUUAAGGCCGAGAGGAGUUCCAAGAGAGUCAUUUUGCCCUUGACGUUAUAAAUCUAUGCUCUCCAUUUUUAUAUCUUUGGCGGAUCCUCAUUCUCUGGCUUUUUAGGGGGAGGUUUAAAAUGAGGGCAGCACCUUAGUUGAUGGGACAAUCUGUAUAGUUUUAAGCUAUUCAUUCAACACGUUUUAUCGUUCACCUCACGAUUACUAAAGAUGUCAUGGUGUUUUGUUAUUCUGGUCAGGGCUUUUGUCUUGGAGUGGAGUGAAAGGCUUGAGAGAGGUGUGUGUGUGUGUGUGUGUGUGUGUGUGUGUGUGUGUGUGUGUGUGUGUGUGUGUGUGUGUGUGUGUGUGUGUGUGUGUGUGUGUGUGUGUGUGUGUGUGUGUGUGUGUGUGUGUGUGUGUGUGUGUGUGUGUGCACUUAGGUGUGUGUACCUACUCUCUACAGUUCUUCUUUGACGUUAUCCUUAUUGAACCUAAAAGGCUACAAGAGGGCAAGCAGGGCAAAGGGUCGUUGAGAAAGUUUUGUGGCAGCUUUGGGAUCCAAAAGAAAGCGUAAGGCUUAGCGAGAGAAGCCUUUUUAGUAAUUAACGGUAGGCUGGAUUUUUAGGCCCAGUGAAGACGACAGUAUCCGUGUUAAGGCUUUUGUGUGUGUCUACGACAUGUCUCUAGACAAUUAGGAUGCGGCAAGUAUUGCUGGUCAAAUCUACAUUUCAUUUAUACUCAGGCUGACUGUCUGUAGAUCAUCACUACGGUGAAAACAGUUCUACUUUGACCCUGCCACAGUGUCCAUUGACACGAGUAGAUAGAGCCAAUGGCGCUACAUAGCCAUGACAAUAAAUUCCAAAUGCCUGAUUGACAGCUAGCUAGCUUGCAUUAGCAUACAGAAUAUAUAUAUACAUUUAAUAUUAUGGACGACUGUAUUUUUUGUAGAGGAUAUGUUAAGUUGAGUUAUGGAGCACCCUUGUCUCUUUGCCGUUGGGAGUGAAGACUCCAAAGAUUCUCAACAACAAAAAAAUCCUGUUUAGCAAUUGGUAGCCAUCUUAAUUCAACCUGUAAUUAAAAUGACUUUAGCUGAGCUGGCUAUCUAGUCAAUCUAAUUCCAGACUAGGUGUGAGUAUGAGAAAUCAAACAAACAAAUAUUAAUCUCUCCUCAGGAGAAAGGCAGCUUAGAUAGAAUGUAAGUCACUAUCACGUGACAAUAUAAUGCUCAUGAUGUCAACUUUGUGUUUAUACAAACAAACCAAGUUUGUAAAUAUAAUUUUCAUGAUAUCACUGCAACAACAUGUCAAUAGAUGGACUAAAAACCAGCCUUUAGGUAUGAUAAUGAGAACAGAGUUGGCUAGAGCAGAAUUAGCUAGCUAGAAGGCUAAUGUUUAACUAGGCUAAAGCAGAACCAGAUAUGGCUAAUGGCUACCAGGCUAAUGUUUAACUAGGCUAAAGCAGAACCAGAUAUGGCUAAUGGCUACCAGGCUAAUGUUUAACUAGGCUAAAGCAGAACCAGAUAUGGCUAAUGGCUACCAGGCUAAUGCUUAGCUAACAGUUUGAGAAAAGCAAUUAGAGGGUUGUUGUACUGAGGUGAAUCGUUUAGGCUAUAAUUCUCCUCUCCUCUUUUUAGCUGUUUUCCAUGGCCACAGGUGAAUUUGUCAUCUGUUAUUGUUGAUUUUAUUUCCCCUUUAUCUACUCUCUUUGUCAGUACAACACACACACAGAGUCACUCACCCUCAAGAGAUCACACAUAUAUUCUAUUAGUAUCCCCAUUAGCUGUUGAGAUAGCAGCAGCUACUAUUCCUGGGGUCCACACAGAACAUGAAGCAUGAUAUAAUACAGACCAUUAAUAGACAAGAACAGCUCAAGGGCAGAACUCCAUAAAUUGGACGGAACUACAGAAACAUUCACUUGCACUAGGAAGAUACUAUUUACACACAGCAUGCAUACUCACUCGCCCUUCACAAACACAAGCAUUACACUCACCCCAAAGACAGACACACACACACACACAACACACACACACCAGACACGUGAACACAAACAUCCAUGCCCCUGUCUUCAUUCUUUGAGAAGAUGUCAAUGUGAGCUUUCAUAUAGGAGGCACUCAGUCAGUGGGAGGUCGACUGCUGACAAAAGGCCCCUGUCAGCUAUUUUGGUGGCCGACAUCACUGUGGCAGAUUUUUUUGGGGUGCUUCCUAAAUUGCACCCUAUUCCCUUUAUAGUACACUACUCUUUUUUUUCUCUCUUUUUUUUUAUUACCAGGACCCAUAGGGCUCUGGUCAAAAGUAGUGCACUAUGUAGGGGAAAGGAUGUCAUUUGGGACACGGCCUUAAACAGUAAUGAGGUUCAGUCAGGUUGGAUUCUCCUGUCAGUAAACACAACUGUCUUUUGUACACCUCUCCUUUUGUCCUGUCCCGCACAUUGGUGAUCCGCUCAGAAAAUAGAAAUUUCUGAGUCCCCUCCAUUGUAGUAUUGUCGAUCACGGUGAUGGGAUGAAAUAGGAUUUGGUAAGAGCCAGAUUGAAUAGGUGUGUGUAGUGGGGGUGGAUAUGUGUGUGUGCCUGUGUGUGUGCGAGUAUUUGUGUUCAUUUCACAGCCAUAUUGGAAACGUUUUGUACACUUUGUUGCCCAGCCCUCUCAGAAUGCCGUGUGUGUGUGUGUGUGUGUGUGUGUGUGUGUGUGUGUGUGUGUGUGUGUGUGUGUGUGUGUGUGUGUGUGUGUGUGUGUGUGUGUGUGUGUGUGUGUGUGUGUGUGUGUGUGUGUGUGCGCGCGUGUGUGUGCGCAUGUUUGUCAGAAUGAGUGCAUGUGAGUAUGUAUGUUUUUGGGACCGGAGUAGCUGCGAGGGUGUUUUUUGAAAUCAUGAUUUGUAAAUACAUUUUCAUAUUGCAAACCAGUUUUUGAUAAAGUAUUAUACAAUUCUGUAAAAGAAAAAUAUGUACAUAAGAUUUUAGAUAAGAAUAAAGUGUUGAUGACAGUAUAUUAAUUUAUUUGUAUAAAAGAGCACUGCAUUCCCUGAUUGUACGAAAUAUGAAUUAUCCGCCCAAGUGUUUUGUGUUGUUACUUGGUCUUGCUUCAGUUGAUAACCUUUUCUCUUUUCCAAAAUGUGUACUUCUUUAUCAGUACAAGUAAUACAACGUGGUUCCUCCUCAAUAUCUUCCCGUAUCUCAUUGUUUCUCAACCCCGGCGUUUUAUAAUAUGAACAAUUGUUUUCUGGUGCCUUUUUUUGUUGUACUGCUGUUUUGCUGUGGGAGAUGGGUUCUUUUCAAGCAACUUCUGUAACAUGCAAAUAAGAACAUCUGUACCCAGAAUUGACAAAAACGGUCUCGCUCACCUUUUGAUUAUUUCAUGAAGUUGUUCUUAAAUAUCUAUAUAUUGAUAUAUAAAACUUUAUUGCAAAUCUC